GAAUCCAACCCUAACCGAGUGGCGCCAUCGCCUCGCCGUCGCCCAUGGACAAGUUCCUCGUGGCGGCGCCGCCUCAUUCCGGCGAGGAGCCCGCGACGCCGCCGCCGCCUCCGAGGAGACACCGGUGGAGGCGCAUCGCAGUGGAGCUGGACGGCCGCAUCGACGCCAGGUUCCGGCACCUGGAGUCGCGCCUCCUCCUCGAUUCCUUCGCCGAGAUUGGAGCCUUUGAUCACAAGUAUUACAUGCAUGGCGAAGAACGGUGUCGGACAUAUGUGGAUCGAAUGAUUAGUGCUUCAACUAUGAAUUUUCAUCCAGCAAGGGAGGGUAUUUCAGCAGUAGAGUUUGAUAAAAAGGGAAUCUACCUUGCAUCAGUGACAUUCUCAGGAUGUCUGACCGUGCAUGACUUUGAGACUUUAUACUGCUCCAUAUAUGACCAAUCAUGCAGUAUCCCAGAUGACUCAUCAAAUUAUGUGCUCCAUAUAUCUAACCGAAUUCCCCUAAAUGCUGUCCGAUGGAAUCCAGGAAACCAAGAUGAGAUUGCUUGCACAUCAAGUCAAAGUGAUAAAGUUUUUCUCUUUGAUAUUGGCUAUGUCUCAUCUGCGCCGACUGAAGUUUUGCAGAAAGGCAAAUCCAAAUUUCCCGCGCUGUACUCUGAAUCCCGCAAGAGUUUGACUGAUAUAGCUUUUACUUCAGAUGAUAAGUCGCGGAUAUUUGCUUCUGGCCUUGAUGGGGCAGUGUACAUGUGGGACAGGCGCUCAAGUAAGACACACUGUCUCGAGCUUAUGGCACCGCCAGAGUCUCAGUUCAACACUGUCAAGCUAAGUCUAGAUAGUUGGACUGUGUUUGGCGCAACUAAAAAUGGCACAAUUCAUGUGUGGGAUCUCCGGGGAGGGAGGGCGUCGGGUGCUUUUCAAAGCCACAAUGAGGUUCAACAAUUAUCAUCAGUGAAGGUGUCAACAUUGUUGGGCAAAAUUGCAUCACUAAAGGAACAAUCGAACAUUGUUUCAAGUCCAAUUCUGUCGAUAGACUUCAAUCCUAGUUGCUCAUAUCAAUUGGCCUUCCAUCUUGAUGAUGGCUGGUCUGGAGUCUUGAAUAUUAACAACCUUAGUGUGACUCACCUGCACUGCCCUCCUCCUGCUUGGUUGGAGAGCACAGACUUGGUAUUGCAAAAACAGCUAAGAAAACCAACCUGGCUGCCGACAUCUUCAAUUUAUGCAGUUGGAUCUUCCUCAUAUGAUGGAAUUUAUCUACUGGAUUUUCAUCCAGAUACGACCUCGGCAUGCCAUGUGGACAAAGAGGAAACAAGAGGCCUCGAGGAAAAUCAACCUGUGGAAAACAAGCUUGUUCCUUUAUCCCAACGGGUGCUUUCUUGUGCAGCCCAUCCACUCAACCACACCAUAAUUGCCGGUACACAGUACUCAUCAUUGCUCAUAUUAUCACAAAAACACGAGACUGUCAGAAAUCUGGAGUCAUGAAAGUCUGCUGUUUCAAGCAGCAUCUCCAACUGCACAUUGUAGAACUGCAGCGGUGUUUGAUCAUUGCCAUCCUGUGAUAAAGAAUUAUGUGCAGCAUGGAGACCUUGCUUGUACCACAGAGGCUUCAGAUCUAGUUGUCCGGUCACCAGAUGGCAGGUAUCUGUAGGCCGUCACAGGCUCACAGCCCACAAAAUUUAACAUGCUGCCAGUAAUCUGCUUCGAGGAUCUGAUGAAUACACAGCCAUUCAAACAAAUGCCCUUGAUGCAAUGAUGCUGCAUACCUUCAUGGCAUGCUUGAUGCUUCCAUGGGACAGAAGGUAUCCUUGCUUGUAAUUAUCAUUUGCUCCUGACAUGAGUUAUGUUCUGACAUACCUGUAUAUGCCAUGUAACUGGGAGGUACCUGUGCAA